UUAUGUACGCGCCUGUGGUGCGUAUGCUUGCGCGUGUCACCAGUGUAACUCAAUCAUGUUGUGUAGGUCCUAAGCUCGUAAACCGUGGAGACGGUCAGCACCGAGCGAGCUUCCUUUCGCGUUGAGGACGACCUACAUCGCACUUUACUCGUGCUGUCAGGCGAGCGAGCGUUUCAGUCGUGUUCCGUCCAGUUGGAGGCUACAGUCAGUGGAACUGCGCGCCGGAAUCGUGCAGUAAUCAUUCUCUUCAGUAAUUUCUCCCUAAAUUCUGGAUUUGUUUUCAGUGGACAAGAACCUUUUAGUCCCCCCAAAAUAUGCGGCACCUGGCUGGCUUCCAGGAGGAGCUCUGUUCAGGUCAUUAACAGGGCAGUGAGGACACAGCUGUAGUCAUGAGGAGAUCGGAGCUGCGCUGCUGGGAGACAUUAUCAUCAUCAUCAUCAUCAUCCUCUUCGCCCCUCCGCAUCUCCAGCUCCAGGCAGCAGCUGAGGAGAAGACGAGGCCCUCUGGGGUGGAGUGGACUCAGGCUAGAGGCCACGGCCCUGUGAACCGGAACGGAAAGUAGAAGAUAACGAGAGAACAAGCGAGAAAGAGAGAGAGAGAGUGAAGGAACAGAAAGGUUGAGGGAGAGAAAUAAGGAUAGAGGUAGAGAGAGAAUAAGAAGAAAGAAAAACUCUGAAACUCUUGAAAUUAAAGGAGCACCCCAGGAGCACCCUUGAGAGCACCCCUGAGCACCACCCCCCUUGCCUGCCUCCCCAUGGACAGCCGGACUUGCCUGGGCAGGGGAGCCAUGAUUUCCCAACUGUUGCAAUCUCCUGGACGAUCCCGACCCAUGAUCCUCCACUAGAGUCCCGCCCUUCCCCCUUUCCCUCCUAUCCCCCUCUCCCCCUCCUCUCUCCCUCUCCCCUUCUCACCCCAAUAACUCCCUCCAGUUAGAGCUCCUCAUCAAGACCUCUACCAUCCAUCUCUUCCUUUCUCUUCCCUUCCCCCGUGAGGCCCGAGCUGCUGAGGGGCAGAGACAGAACAAGUGAACAAGGAUAGAAGGAGAGAGAGUGUGUGAGAGAGAGAAUGAGAGUGAGAGAGAGAGACUAAAAAAGAGAACGAAAGCAAAAAUUCGAGUGCAUGACAGAGAGAGAGAGAACGAGACUGAGAAGUGAGAGAGCGAGAGAGAGAGAGAGAGAGAGAGAGAGAGAGAGAGAGAGAGAGAGAGAGAGAGAGAGACUACUUUAUUAAUCCCCAAAGGGGGAUCGAAUACCACCUAAGCCAUCCACACAACACGUAACAGCAAAACAAGACAAACACUUAAUUAAUAAUAAUAAGAGCUAAGAAAAAUAAAUAAGAAGCAAGCCACAGAGCUGUGCAUAGGGAGCCCCAUGCAGGCACGCAAGAAGUAUGUGCUUCUGGCCCUGUGCGCGUUCUGCUGGCUGCUUCUCUUCUACUGGGGCGGGGUCCAGUCGCGCCUGCUCCGCCUGCUGAGUCCGCGGGCCGGCGGGGCAGACGACGUCCCGCCCCGGCCCUGGCCCGAGUGGGUGGACCGGGCCCUGCUGCCCGGCUACGCCGGCCUGGAUGAGCUCCAGACGGACGGCGGGCCCGGGGACUCCCCGCGGCAGCGGCGCCAGGCCUGGUCGGGCAUCUACCGGGACAGCCGCUGCCGCAUGGACACCUGCUUCGACUUCUCGCGUUGCCGCAACGCCAGGGACGGCUUCCGCGUGUACGUGUACCCGCCGGAGCGCGGCGAGCGCGUGUCGGAGAGCUACCGCAAGAUCCUGGCGUCGGUGACGGAGUCGCGGUACUACACGGCGGACCCGCGCGAGGCCUGCCUGUUCGUGCUGGGCAUCGACACGCUGGACCGCGACCAGCUCUCGUCGCAGUUCGUGCCCAACGUGGACGAGCGCAUCCGCGGCUACCCGCUGUGGAACGACGGGCGCAACCACCUGGUCUUCAACCUGUACUCGGGCACGUGGCCCAACUACACAGAGGACCUGGGCUUCCGCGUGGGCCAGGCCAUCCUGGCCAAGGCUAGCCUGAACGCGGAGCACUUCCGGCCGGGUUUCGACGUCUCCAUCCCGCUGUUCUCACGCGACCACCCGCAGAAGGGCGGCGAGCGCGGCUGGCUCCUGCGGAACUCCGUGCCACCCCGCAGAAAGUACCUGCUGAUGUUUAAAGGGAAGCGGUACCUGACGGGCAUCGGGUCGGACACGCGCAACGCGCUGCACCACAUCCACAACGGCAAGGACAUUGUGUCACUCACCACGUGUCGCCACGGCAAGGACUGGGAGAAGCACAAAGAUGCCCGCUGCGACCAUGACAACCAGGAGUAUGAGAGGUUUGACUACCAGGAGCUGCUCCAUAACUCCACCUUCUGCCUGGUGCCUCGCGGUCGCCGCCUGGGCUCCUUCCGCUUCCUGGAAUCUUUACAGGCUGCGUGUAUCCCUGUGCUCCUCAGUAAUGGUUGGGAGCUGCCCUUCUCAGAGGUCAUCCAAUGGAAUCAGGCCGUCAUCGAGGGGGACGAGAGGCUACUACUGCAGGUGCCGUCCACGGUGCGUGCGGUGAGCAUGGAGCGUGUGUUGGCCAUGCGGCAGCGAACCCAGAUGCUGUGGGAGGCCUACUUCUCCUCCGUAGACAAGAUCGUACUCACGACCCUCGAGAUCAUCAAGGACCGGGUGUUCUCUCACAUCUCCAGGAAUAAGUUUAUGUGGAACUCGUUGCCCGGGGGUCUCCUGGUGCUGCCAGAGUACUCCACACACCUGGCACACUACCCCUUCUACUACCUGAGCCUAGGUGUGAGUCCAGGUCAGGAGUUCUCUGCUGUCAUCCAUGCCACCUCCCCGCUGGUGUCUCAGUCUCAGCCCAUCAUGAAGCUGCUGCAGGUGGUCUCCAAGUCCAAAUACUGCUCACAGAUAAUCAUUAUAUGGAAUAGUGAGAAGCCGCCUCCCCAUCGGAGUAAGUGGCCGCCCAUGCCCGUGCCUCUCAUCGUCACCGACGGCAGGAGGAAGACGACAAGCCGCUUCCUCCCACAAGUCGCCAUAGAAACGGAGGCGGUCCUUAGUCUGGAUGAAGACACAGUGCUGCUCACCAGCGAGGUCAACUUUGCAUUUCACGUGUGGCGCAGUUUCCCAGAGAGGAUUGUGGGAUACCCUCCCAGGAGCCACUUCUGGGACCCGGUGAAGCAGGUGUGGGGCUACACCUCCAAGUGGACCAACGACUACUCCAUCGUCCUCACCGGAGCCGCCUUCUACCAUAGGUAUUACAAUCACCUGUUCUCCCACUACCUGCCCCACUCUCUGCGGGCCCUGGUCGACCGCACCUCCAACUGCGAGGACAUCCUCAUGAACUUCCUGGUGUCCAGCGUCACUCACCUGCCGCCCAUCAAGGUGGCCCAGAGGAAGCAGUACAAAGAGCUGCCAAGCCCACAGGGAACGAAAAUGGCCCCGUGGGCCAAUCCGGAGCACUUUACCCAGCGCCAGGAGUGCGUGAACACGUUUGCCAGUUGGUUCGGCUACAUGCCCCUGGUGCACUCGCAGUUCCGCCUGGACCCCGUGCUCUUCAAAGACCACGUGUCUGUCCUGCGCAAGAAGUACAAGGACCUGGAGCGCGCCUGAGACGAGAAAGGCCUGAGACUGACUAGAAAGGACACCCACAAGAGCGGCAGCCAGCCUGGCAAGAGGGAUAAACCAGACAGGCAGAUGGACGGGGAGACUGAAGGGCGGGGUGGUUGAAUGGGCUGACGCGUUGAAAGA